AUGCGUGAACUAGAGAAAUAUCGUAAAGAUGCCCAGUACAAAAAAUAUGUUCAGCAAGUGGAAAGGAUCUUACUAUCCUUUGAUAAAGAAGUUAAUGAAUGGGCCGAUUUCAUAUCGUUCUUGGGAAAGCUUUUAAAGGCUUUUCAAGCUUACCCUCAGUUUCCUGUUAUCCCUCGAAAGCUUUUGGUCACAAAACGCCUUGCUCAGUCCUUACACCCUGGUCUACCUCCGGGUGUGCAUCAAAAAGCCUUAGAAGUUUAUGCUUACAUUUUUAAAACUAUAGGGAGCGAUCUAUUAGCUGAAGAUUUACCAAUUUACUCCCAAGGCUUGUUUCCUUUUUUUCAAUACGCUGCUAUGUCUGUUAAGCCCCAAUUACUAGAUCUAUAUGAAAAUUACAUGUUUCCCCUAAAGGAACGACUACGUCCUGUCAUGAAAGCCUUUAUCAUUGCUUUAUUACCCGGGCUUGAAGAGGAAGGGAGUGAAUUCUUUGACAAAGUUUUGUCUCUCUUAGAUUACUUGUCUGGGAUCGUUGAAAAGUCUUACUUUCUGCAGAGCAUGUGGCUUGUGUUAAUUACUUGUCCUGCUUUACGAACACCUGCUCUAAGCUAUUUGUCUCGACGUAUGCCGAAGAUUGCUUCAAAAGAAGAUGUUGCUUUUGUUCUAGGUGACGAUGUUGGAAUCAUGGUUCGCGCAUUUUCUUCCACCUUAGGUGACAGGCAGGUUUUAGUUCAACGUGCUAUUCUUGAAAUACUUGUGGUCAAUUUUCCGUUAAAGGUCAAUAAUUUCGGAGAUAUUAUGCAACAAGAUGAUCUUAUACUACUAAUGAAAUCUGCAACGUCUGUGGUUCUGCGAAAGGAUAUGUCGUUAAACAGAAGACUUUAUGCAUGGCUAUUAGGACCUGAUGACCAUAUAGAACAACAAAUUGACCAUUUUCAAGUGUAUGCUAAAUCUGCUGUAGUUUCCGCAUUAAAGAGCUCUUUUUUUAUGGAUGCUGAUGAUUUGGCUAAUGCCCAGCGACCGUAUAAGAUCUUGAUCUCAUUAAUGGAUAAAUGGGAAAUCGGGCAGCCGAUCGUUCAAGAAUUGUUUAUUGAUGUCUUAUGGUCGCUAAAAAAACAUGUUGAUAAAUCAGAAUUCGGAAUGGAUUUAUUACAAACUGCAAAUAUGUUUAUGGAAAUGAUUGAACCAUAUUUAAUUUGGAUGAAAUUAUAUGGCCUCCUUGAUAAAUUUUCUUCUAAGGACGGGCUAGACACUUCCGCUUUAGAUUUAGUAAAUUUUAUUCUGAAUUCGUUUAAAUUACAUGAAGAAGAAAUUGAACAAAUUCAUUUACCGUUGUUUUUGACUGCUCUGCUCUGUAAACUUCAAAAUGUCGCGCAGGAUUCAAAUUUUAUCUCUUAUAUUUUACAAGUCGAAUCUGCCUUACAAUUAGCAUUAGAUAUUUUCCAGAAAAUUCCGAAUAGUGUUUUUCAUAAGUUAACAAAAGAUUCGACAGAUAAACCGAGCACUACUAAUAGACCAUUAUCACAAGUACAAAACUAUACGUUUAAAGCUGAUUCUUCAAAUGAAGAUGUUUCAACUGCGCCACCAUCACAAGUGGACUUAGAUUUCUUUCCCGGAAUGGACCCUAUAAAAUACAUUAAUAAUUAUUAUUUAUAUGGAAGUGAUAAUAUUGAAAACAAAAAAUUUAGUGGAAUACGAGGGCGGUUUUUGGCUGAAGAAUUAUUAAAGAUUAUACGAGAGUUUUUGAAUUGUAUAAUUACCAAACAUAUACUUAUCAAAAAUGAUAAUAAUAAAGGUGAAACUCAACGUUCGUUCGCUAUAAUAAUAGAUCGUGCAUGCAAGCUUUUAAGGGACAUUUCAACGCAACUUUAUCAUAUCGUGCGUGAUACUCGUGAAAAUGAAACUGAGAUAUUGAAAUUAUUUACUGGUGAAUGGGUCGAUUCAUUAUUAAAAUGCUGUUACAUGAUCGGGAAUUUUGAAAUAAUUGAUUCGGCACUCUCGACUCUUCUCUAUCUUGUAAUUGAUAAGCGAUUUAUCUCGUCUCGCUUGCUUGACUCCAAACAACAGAUUCGGGACAUUGUUGACACAUUGUGGCGAUUUUUGGGUCCUAAUUAUAAUGUCCUACAUUUACGAUCAUCUCAACUCAUUUGGAAGCUCAAAGAUGUAUCUCAUGCAAAUUAUGUAGAAGCUGUAAUAUCAGAAUAUUUAAUACAAAAAGAUUCAUCGAUUAGACUAGCAAACUUUGAAAGGUUUGGAAUUUUUUGGAUGCUUUCUGCGGGAUUUCAUGAUACCGAUACCGCUUUCUCUCAACAAAUGUUUUUGGUAUUGGAUUCUCUACGCGAUGAAAAUCCUUCAAGUCGUAGAGCAGGUGAAACUUGGAUGAGAUGGAAUCGUAAUAAUAAAUCUUAUAUAAGAAUUUUACACCCAAUAGUCAAAAUUUUAUGUGACUCUACAAUUCUUCGCAAAAAAACUCAAUCGCAAAUAGAUGAUGGUACAUUUGAAGUUAUUUAUUAUGAAAAACCAUUUAACCAGGCUCAAGUUGAUUAUGUCUUUGAGACGUUGUCUACAAUGUGUCGAGUCGGAGGGAACGCAUUUCUAAAUGCAAUACAUGUCUCAUCCGUUAAGACUGAAUUAAUUAAUUCUUGUACCUGGCUUAAAGGCAACGAGAAUUCAUCAAAUUCUAUGACAUAUAGUGAACUAUUUAUUAGGAUUUCUUUGAUAUAUAUAGAAUCCGAGGUACUAGACACUUCUUCAUCUAUGAAUAUGUUUAAUCAACAUAUCCAUUUACAUGCAGCAGAAUUCCUUCACCAGUUAGUUGAAAAUCCCAAUUUAGUUAAUAAUGAAAUGGUUUAUUUAGUCUAUGAAACUAUCUUGCGUAAAAUGUACUAUUGUAUUUCUUCAAAACAGUUGGAUUUACAGGCAAAGCUUUUACCAUUACUGCGUUCAACUAUCAUAAAUUUAGGUAAAUUGAAUGAACAUUUUGUAAAUGGCUCUCUUACUUCAAAUUCACCUUCGACAAAGAAGUUGAUAACGGAACAGUAUUCAAGUUCUCCGACUGGUCAUAAUGAAAGAUCUGUUUCGAAAGAAGAAGUUAACGAUUCAAAACAUUCUCGUACAAGCGGAUUAACAGUUCUUUUUACUAAAGUUUUGACUAUGUCAUUAUCAAAACAUUCAAAUCGACCACUUUUACAGGAAUGGAUGGAUCUUAUUGAAAUAUCUAUACCUUAUCUUAGACAAUCAUUCAAUAAUGUAUUGAUACCAUUGAUCCAAUGUAUCUGUGAACAAUUGAGUAAUUGGAAAACAGAAACACAAUAUCAUUAUACUUUGAUGAUAAAAAACAGUGAAUCUGUCUCUCCCAAUUCAUCACAAAUUAUUCAUGAUUAUGCAAUGUCCGAUUGGGAUAUUAUCACUUUGUUUAAUGGCUUUGAAGAAAUUGUGAAAGAUUGUUUGAAUAAGCAUACAACUGAUGAUGGCGAUAUUACUUCACACGGAAGUAGGUCUUAUGAUACAACACUUGGUCUUCCUACAAUAACUGGCUAUGUAACUGGUGUAUUCUCAGCUGACUAUGGGACAAAUGAGACACCGAUAUCAGAACAGCAAAAGCCCAGAGAUUAUAUACUAUACACCGUUUUUCCAAACAUUGUAACUAUCAUUUUGGACAUAUGGACGGUUUUCAAAAUUUCAUCUUCUUCGAACAGACCAAAGAAGGCUGGAAUAUGUCCAAUUGGUAUAUCACUUGCUCAUACAGAGACGCGAGUAAAGAAUAGAAUCAAGAAUUUGCUAGAAGAACUUUACAGAAAGUCGCAUGCGGAACUCGUUGAAGCUUUUGUCGAACUUUGGUAUAUCGAGAAUCCUGACAUUACUGCUGCAAUAACAUCGAAAGGUGUUGAUAGCACUGUUAUUGAAGUGCUUAAAAUCAUUCCUGGCUCUUCUGUCCCAAAAGUAAUAAACACUCUUUUGAUCAACGCUCGUGGUCGAUCGCUUGGAGUACAAAUGCCCAAAGUCAAAAAGCCUGGCUAUAAAACCAACAAAUUGCAAGCUUAUUGUGAUUCUUUAGGGGAACUUGAGCCAUUAACUAAAGUUUGGCCUCAAUGCAUAUCAUACGUGAAAGAUCAUUUUGCUCAGGCAACAACUUACAAAUAUUUAUUUCCUAAUAUUUUGAGAUUCAUGCAUGGAUUGGCUGAUAAACUAUGCUCAACCGCGUAUUUUAAAGAUAAGAAAGUGAAGAAAGAUAUGCAGGACGUUUAUCAACGAGUUUUAGAUUAUUGUAUUUUGAUAUCUGGACGCCAAUUUGAUCAAGGAUGGCUUCGGCGUUCUACGCCUCUACCAGAAGGCGAGGAUGAUAAUACUGAAGAAGCUGACGAAAGUGAAACAGAAAGGAAUCGUAUUACUACUCCUGUACAAGAAGAAAAAAAAACUGCAUACAAAUCAAAAGAAGAAAUUUUGAUCGACCAAACAAAUCAAUAUCUUGCUACUAUUGUGAUACCAACUAUUAAGCGAUUGUUAGCUGAGAGUGAAGAUAAGAUUAUUGCCAUAUUAACUAACCUUAUGUACUAUGUAAUAGCCCCUUCUCUGAAAAAUCGCUCAAAUGUUGGUAUCAGUCCAAUAACGCUCGAUCUUCUAUGCGAGACUUCAAAGAUAGACUUCGCAUACCGAGUUUGGCGUAAAGAAGCGUGGGAUGUUUUUAUAGACAACCGAUUUUUUCAUAUGACUCCCACUGCUGCUAAAAAAUGGCGUAUUAUAAUGCAAACAAUAAUGACAUCAGAAAAGGAAAGAUUAGUUGAAGUUUUGACUCGAAUAACGACUACACCUGCAAACGCAUUGUUUGUUAAUAAAGAGCUAGAGUCAUUAAAUCGGGCAUUAAAUCUCAGGAGACUUUCUUUCAUAAUAUAUUGUGGUAAAAUGGAUCAAUACUUGUCACAAAUUCCUAAUAUUCAUGAAAAAUUAGUCGAAUUAUUUAAAUUGGGAUUUGGUGAAUUGGUUCAUGCCGAAAUUUACUUAUGUCUUCGAAUAUUGAUGUGCAGAGUUUCGAAUCAACCUAUAUCAAGUUUUUGGCCAGUUAUCCUUACCGAGCUGCUUCGCCUUUGUGGGUCUUAUCUUCAAAAAGAUACCACGGCAAAAGACAAUUCAAAGGGAGCUGCAGAACAACCUGAAGUUGCCAACUCUUUAUUGGCUGCAUGCAAAUUUUUAGACUUGCUAUUUGUGAUGCAAACCAACAGUUUUCAACCAUAUGAAUGGAUUUUCAUCUCGAAUACCAUCAAUGUGAUAAAGCGUACCCUCGAGUACUCGCCUUAUGCACUUCUGGAUAAACUAUCAGAUCAUUUAUCCGGUCAUGAAGAUCCAUCAAAAUUAAGCCUCGACAAUUUAUCAAAUAAUAAGUUUAUAUGGGGGACUCACUCAAUUUCGUCCGGAGGAUAUAAACGUCCAAUGCUGACAUUACAUAACAUAACUAGCAUUAGACAAUUAGAGUUGUUUUUAAGAAACAUUAGUUUGUAUGUUUAUCAUUCAACAUACACACUUGCAAAACCAGAUAUCCAAUUUAUUGAAAGUUUAUUAGAAAAUGAUUUGUUGGAAUAUAGUGGUGGAUUUGAAAUUGGGAAUUUAGAGGUUGAGAGGCACACUACGUUACGUAUUUUAAAAUGCUUUGUUGUCUUAAUAGAAACAACUGAUUAA